AUGGGGGUGAGUUUCCUACCCCGCCAUCACUCACACUGGAACCCCACCUAGCUGAAACGCAUGCACCGUGAGGAAUCACACACACGAAUGCGGUAUACUGAUAUUCUGAACAGUUGGCGAGCAAAUUAGCAGCUAGCCAAGGCCAAGCUGGUGGUCAGUCUGUUGCGAACUAUCCGCCUGGCGGACAGCAGCAGGUAGGUGGCCGCGCAGAUUCACUGGCUCACUAAACGAUGGCAAAUGAAUGAUCCGGCAAAUGACGCAUGCUCACAUUCUGCACCUGCACAGCCCGCCCUCGCCGGUGGUCCUGCACCGCAAUCACAGCAGUACCAGGCCUUCAGACCACAGGUGAGUCUAGCUUCUUCUCUUCCUACAGCACCGACUUCUUGGGACUGCCGACCUACAACGACAACAUCUGCUCUAUUUGGACUUGGACAAUCGAUCGUUCGCGUAUGCCUCUCGCAUCACGACUCGCCGGCGCCGCUGGUGGGCAAGGCCCUCCUUCAGGUGUGCCUCCACCUCUUCAGCCCGGAUAUCCUCAACAACAGCAGCCACCAAACCAACCAUACGGCUAUCAGGCGUCUGGGGGCUAUGGAUCGCCCGCGCCCGGAGGCUACUCGAGGCCGCCUCCACCUCCGCCGAACAGGCCGCAAGGCAGCAGCCCAUAUCCAGGCCAGGCGUCUCCGUACCAGCAAAGUCCGUACCAACAGAGUCCACAACCAUACAGCCCGGCUCCCUACCAGAACCAACCAUAUCCUCCACCUCAGCAGGGAUACGGCGGCUACGUUCGUGACAUCCGACCUUUCGCACGCCUGGUAUAUUCUCAUAGGAAGAGUACGAACUGACGGUGAUUGUGUAGGGCGGACCCCCACCUUCCGGCCCCCCUCCGCCUGGUCAGCACCAGUAUGGCGGUCCUCAACAAGGAUAUCCACCUCAGGGCCAGCCCCAAGGCCCUCCCGGCGGUUAUGGCGCACCUCCUCCUUCGACGAGCGGACCGGGCGAUGUUCAAGGAUACCAGCGUGAGCUCGAACGCGCAAUUCAAGAGCAGAGCCUGAACAGAUUCUAUGGACCAGGAACACCAGGCGCGCAACAGCUGCCACAGAUUGCGGCUCGUGCAGCGCAGCAGGUGGAUCGUUUGUGCCAGGCCUGGCGCAUCCAGAAAGAGAUCGCCAAUGAUAUUGUCAGGCUGGCGCUAUACGACGUCGUGAUCUAUAUCGAUGACUCUGGAUCCAUGUCGUUUGAGGAAAACGGCGAGCGUAUCAAGGACUUGCAGCUUAUUCUGCAGCGAGCAGCUUUCGCGGCCACCCUUUUCGAUGACGAUGGUGUCGAGAUUCGAUUCAUGAACGAAGAUCUUCCAGUCCAGGAGAUCUCGAACAUUCGCAGCGAGCAGCAGAUUGAGCAGAUUCUCUCACGCAAGCGUUACAAGGGUCUGACGCCUUUCGGAACCGAGUUGCGCAGGAAGGUCAUUGACCCGAUUCUCAUUCCGAAAUUGAACAGCGGACAGAUGCGCAAGCCUCUCCUCAUUAUCAGCAUUACGGACGGUCAGCCAGCUGGCGAGAACCAGAACGCGCUUGUAGAGACAGUACAGUAUGCUGUUCAGGCUGCUCAACGCUCUCAAUACGGCACCGGCGCGGUUGCGUUCCAGUUCGCUCAGGUCGGCAACGAUCAGAAGGCCGCCGAGUUCCUUGCGAAGCUCGACAACGACCCGAUGGUUGGCCGCGAAGUCGACUGCACGUCUAGUGAGUACCAGACGUAUUGAGUCCCAUUGAUGAUUACGAUACUGACCUGUUACUUGCAGACUACGAAAAUGAAUCGGCAGAGAUGGCUCGGGCUAACCCUCCUGUCGAUCUGACUCCAGAUCUCUGGAUGAUCAAGCUCAUUCUUGGCGCCAUCGACCCGAGCUACGACACGAAGGAUGAGAAGACAAGCAUGGGAGGUGGGAUGCCCGGAGGUAUGCCGCCAGGACCCGGUGGGUAUGGACCAGGACCAGGACAAUAUCAGCAGGGACCUCCUCCUGGACAAAAUUAUGGCGCCCCGCCGAAUUCGCAGUACGGCGGCCCACCACCGAAUUAUGGAGGACCUCAACAAGGCUAUCCUCCCCAGCAGGGCUAUGGCCGUCCACCUGGUCCUCCUCAAGGCGGCGCAUACCCUGGACAGCAGCCUGGCGGAUACGCUCCUGGUCCUCCAAGAUACUAG